CUGGUGCGUCAUCUGCUUCUCUCUUCCGGUUGGUUUCAAACGACGACAUCGAGAAUGGAUCCACCGGUUGCGACCCUCUGAUUCUUGUCAGAAGACACUUAUACGUCUCUGGAUCUUCUCUGCACAGGAUUGACAGAGUUUGUUGGCUCCUUCUAGCUCUAAUGUUACUUGUAGAUGUUGCUGUUUAGAAGUUCUGAAUCAAGGGUACUCUUCUUCCAACAUUGAUCAACUUUGAGUUCUAUUGCUUCAUUGGCCAACGAGAGUAUUAUGGUAACUCUGGACCUCAUUAAAACGCUCCUUCAAUUAUCUAUUUUUGCAUUGUAGCCAGCCAUGAGAAGUUUUAAUGAAUUAACAAGCCACAGUCUCCUUCCCUAAUCGAAGCAAAGAGAGCCGCCAAAAAUCCCUUUCAGCAUGGAAAUGGAGGUUGACAAAAUCAGCAACUUACCUGGGCAUAUAAUUGACAAGAUCUUGUCAUAUCUCUCACUUAGGGAUGCAGUGAGGACAAGCAUCUUGUCAACCAAGUGGAGAUACAAAUGGAUUACCCUUCCACAUCUUGUUUUCGAUAAUCAGUGUGCACUACUCUCAUCCCAAGAUCAAAUAGCGAUUAAAAAUAAGCUUGUGAAUAUUGUUGAUCAUGUCCUAUUGCUUCAUACCGGCCCUAUACAAAAGUUCAAGCUUUCACACCGAGAUCUUCAAGGUGUCAGUGACAUUGAUAGAUGGAUUCUUUACUUAUCAAGAGGCACCGCCAAAGAAUUCAUACUUGAAAUAUGGAAAGGCCAUCGAUAUAAGCUACCUGCUUCCUUAUUUUCUUGCCAAAAGCUUUUUCAUUUAGAACUGUUUAAUUGCUUGCUGAAGCCGCCUCCGACAUUCAAUGGCUUUGUGGGCUUGAAAAGCCUUGAUCUUCAGCACAUUACCAUGGAACAAGAUGUAUUUGAACAUCUUAUAUCCAGCUGUCCUUUAUUGGAACGGCUAACUUUAAUGAAUUUUGAUGGAUUCAGCCUCCUCAACAUUCAUGCUCCUAAUCUUCAGUUCUUUGACAUUGGAGGUGUUUUUGAUGAUGUGGACUUUGAGAAUACAUAUCGGCUUUCUAUAGUUUCCAUUGGCCUGUAUGGAAAUGUCGGUUAUGAUGAGAACAUCCCUUUUGGAUCUCCUGGCAACUUGAUUAAGUUUUUCUCUCAUCUCCCAUCUAUUCAGAGGCUAGAAAUUCAGAGCUACUUUCUGAAGUAUUUGGCUGUUGGCAAGAUACCAGGAAGGCUUCCUAAUCCAUGUAUAGAACUUAAUUUCCUUUCAGUACGAAUAAAUUUCUAUGAUAUAGAGGAGACUUCGGCAGCACUUUGUCUUCUAAGAAGUUCUCCAAACUUGCAAGAGCUCGAGAUAUUGGCACGACCGGAGGAACAACCCAUAGUCUAUGAAGCGUUGGACCUUCAAGGAGAGGAUCCUUACAGCUGCCCAUUCAAUCAACUGUAUAAUAUCAAGAUAGCCAGCAUUUCUGGAGUUAAAUGCGAACUGGACUUCAUAAAAUUCCUGCUUGCGUCUUCCCCAAUGCUGGAAAAGAUGACUGUUAAACCUUCUUCAAAUGAUAGAGGAUGGGAGCUGAUGAAAGAGCUGUUGAGAUUCAGACGAGCUUCUGUACAGGCUGAGGUCAUUUAUGUGGAUCCUUAGCUUUAAGACUCUUUGUUUAUAUAUACUCUACAAGAUAUAAGUCCGCCAAAUGCUUUUUUCUUGUGCUUAGCAAAAACAAAACUUGUAUUUUGUUUUAUCCAAGGAAAGCUAGCGAACGUACUUGUAAUAGAUUAUGUUAAUGUUGAAGGAAAUACCUAUUUGUCAUUCUCUCCACAUCAAUACUUAA